GUGCCAGAUAUGGGCCUUUGCCUAUGUCUCAGAUUGGAGAGAAUUUUGGAGAAGAUUCAACAGAGGAAUUGAGGAGACUAUAGUAGAGCCUGGAGGCCUGAAGGAACUUCUAACUGCAACAAGUGAAUUGGAGCGCACAGUUCAGACAACAACAGAGAUGUAUGUGUUAUAUCAUACGGGCACAAAUUCUGAUUUCAAAGCAUCCACCACCACUGAGCCUCCACCAGAGACACCCACAGCAGCUCCAACUGAACCUGAUGAAGCUCCACAUGUAAAUGGUGGAUACCCUAAAGAUAUCUUUUCUAUUGAAGACCGCAGACGAGGCUGGGUGAUCCUCCACAUUAUUGGGAUAAUGUACAUGUUUGUGUCACUUGGGAUUGCGUGCAAUGAGUUUUUUGUUCCUGCACUGUGGGUCAUCACAGACAAGUUAGCCAUUUCUAAUGAUGUAGCUGGAGCCAUUGUCAUGGCUGCUGGAAGAUCCAGCCCUAAGUUUUUUACAGCCUUGAUAGGGGCCUUCAUCAACCACAGCAAUGUGGGUAUCGGCAACAUCAUUGGUUCAGCAGUUUACAACAUUUUGUUUGUGAUUGGAAUCUGUGCUUUAUUUUCUUGGGCGGUUCUUCAUCUGACCUGGUGGCCACUUUUCAGAGAUGUAUCAUUCUACAUACUUCACCUCAUCUUACUAAUUAUCUUCUUCCUGGAUAAUGUCAUAACGUGGUGGGAGAGCAUGAUGCUGGUGGCCAGUUACACUACCUAUGUUGUUUUCAUGAAGUUUAAUACACAUAUAGUGCGAGCAUUCAGGACUCAGCUCCACAAAGACAAAGGCACUGUGGAAGUUGUUGCUUUGGAAGAAACUGAAAAGGUAAGCUCCUAUGUAAACACAUUUGUGUGAAAAGUAGUUGUAUAAACA